CUUUAUUUGCUUUUAUCAUUAGCGUAGUGUUCUUAUCUUGCGUGCUUCACUCUCUAAACCCAUUUGAGCUUUCCUUCUGAUACAGCUUGUUUUUGAUGUUUUCAUUUUUAAUCUUCCCAUCAAAUUUACAGGCAAGUGCUGCUGUUUGCAGAAACAUUUCUAUGGUCGGCGGCAGAUCUUUGAAUUGGUCAUUUUCUUUAGCCGACUUAUAAAUUGUCUUGGUCUUUGUUUCAUAUCGGUUCGCUGUUUAAUUUUCUUGGUCGACUCAGAAACUUCCAUAUAAUAAUCUUUAAUUUGAAGAUUUGAAUAAGCCCACAGAAACCAAAUUUAUUAUAAACUUCAAGAUCUUUUGUAUUCUCCAAUUUUGCAAUUUCCAGACUUUCUUAUUAUUUCAAGUUUCAGGUGUUGCUGAUAAAGAAAGAAAAAUUUUUGCCUCUUGAAAAAUUCUGAGGAUUUCUUUAGGUGAUGGGAGGGAAGAGUUCAAAAGGGUCGAGUGGGAGGCAUAUUUCAUCAUACGGUGCAUCCAAUUCAUCAUCCUCAUCAUGGAAUCAGUAUGGACACCCACAAGCAUCACCAUAUCCAUACCCAUCUCAACAAAACCAAUACUACACACCUCAGCAACAUCAGCCCUCUAAUUCUUCUUAUAGCUAUGAAGCAGAAAGUCCUCGGCCACAGAGGAGGUUAGAUAGAAAGUUCUCCAGGAUUGCUGAUGAUUACAAGACCUUGGAUCAGGUCACUUCUGCUCUUGCUCAUUCCGGCCUGGAGUCUUCUAAUCUCAUUGUCGGCAUUGAUUUCACAAAGAGCAAUGAGUGGACAGGAUCAAGAUCAUUCAAUCGACGAAGCUUACAUCACAUUGGCAAUGGACAAAAUCCUUAUGAACAGGCAAUAUCAAUUAUUGGCCGGACUUUAUCUGCAUUUGAUGAAGAUAACUUAAUUCCAUGUUUUGGAUUUGGAGAUGCAUCCACACAUGAUCAAGAUGUCUUCAGUUUCCAUGAAGAUGAAAGAUUCUGCAAUGGUUUUGAGGAAGUGCUGACACGAUACAGAGAAAUUGUUCCGCAACUUAGACUUGCAGGACCAACAUCUUUUGCACCCAUCAUUGAGAUGGCCAUGACUAUUGUUGAGCAAAGUGGUGGACAGUACCAUGUUCUGUUGAUAAUUGCUGACGGGCAGGUAACAAGGAGUGUUGAUACACAGCAUGGUCAACUCAGUCCGCAGGAGAAAAAGACAAUUGAUGCAAUUGUGAAAGCAAGCGAAUACCCUUUAUCAAUAAUUUUAGUGGGGGUUGGUGAUGGGCCUUGGGACAUGAUGAGAGAGUUUGAUGACAACAUCCCUGCUCGAGCCUUUGAUAACUUCCAGUUUGUGAAUUUCACAGAAAUAAUGUCAAAAAAUGUGAACAUAUCCAGAAAAGAGACGGAGUUUGCUCUAUCAGCAUUGAUGGAAAUACCUGCUCAAUACAAAGCGACUAUUGAGCUUGGCAUAUUGGGCAGUCGUAGGACGGGGAAUGCUCCAGAGAGGGUUCCUCUUCCCCCACCUCUUCAUGGACCAUCUUCUUUCAGCAAGAGUGUAAAACCUUCCAGCUCAAGCAGCUUUAAGCCACAUAUACCUUCGUAUUCUGGAUAUGAUUCAUCAGUACCUUCCUACUCUGGAUAUGACUCACCAGUUGCUGGAUAUGAUACGCCAGUAAACUCAGCUUCAUAUACAAGUUCUACUUAUGAUAAUCAGGUUUGUCCCAUUUGUCUUACUAAUAGAAAGGACAUGGCCUUUGGCUGUGGGCAUCAGACUUGUUGCGAGUGUGGAGAAGACCUGCAAUCAUGCCCCAUAUGUCGAAGCCCAAUACAGACUAGAAUCAGGCUAUAUUAAUCAUCUUUAAUGCAAAUCUCUGAGAUGGUCUCUGCCAAACAAUGAGUUUGCUUCGGUGAAAACUGAUUCAAAUGCCCAUUUUCCAGAGGCAGGGACAGGAGUGUGGCUCAUAUCUUGGUAGGUGAAUUCCUUGGCAAGAGACACAGGGAAAAGCCAAGCUGCAUGGGAAGUAUAUAACUGUUGGGGUCUGUUAAAUAUUUGCAAGAAGAGUUCGAUUCUACAAUGUCCAGCCAAAUAUGUUCAUUCUUCCUCAUCAAAGCUUCUGCUUUUCUAUAUGAUCAUAGCAGAAGCUAGCUGUUGAAGGUUCUUUAGAUUGUUGGUAGACUUGGGUUUUAGAGCAGGUAGAUGAAACUUGAGUCAACAUUUUUUUAUCUAUUGUUAUCUCUAGUCUUUUGUGAUUGUUAAUGUUAGAUAAAUUUGUUAGAUUGUGAGAACCUACACUUGGUAGGUUAGGCUUGGAAUUUAAUCACAAAGCUUGUAUUUCAAUUGUAUUGGAUUUGAUGUACACAUGCAGUAUAGAAGUCUUAUUGUUACAGGGGAGAAAUAUAAAUGAAUUAUUUCUUAAGUUAA